GGCCCAGGCGGUGGGAGGAGUGGGUGACAGUUGGCGCGACCGGGAGGGCGGGCAGGCGACUCGUGGGGGUGCGGGCCCGCGGGGCCAGGCUCACCAUGCAGAACCAUUGAGAUAUGCACAUUCUCAGUUCCUGGCACAGAGUAAACACUCGCGAGGACCUGCUCCAUGGGCUUCGGAAUCAGAGAGAACUCGCUUCGGAAUCUCAGAAAGGCUCCAGGAAGCAGGGUCAAGGCCAGGGAGACGAUGGUCUCAGUGACUAUGGCCACUUCUGAGUGGAUCCAGUUCUUCAAGGAAGCCGGCAUUCCCCCAGGACCUGCUGUUAAUUAUGCUGUGAUGUUUGUGGAUAAUCGGAUCCAGAAAAGCAUGCUGCUAGACCUCAAUAAGGAAAUCAUGAACGAGCUGGGCGUGACUGUAGUGGGUGAUAUCAUUGCCAUCCUCAAGCAUGCCAAGGUGGUACACCGCCAGGACAUGUGCAAAGCUGCCACUGAGUCAGUGCCCUGCAGCCCCAGCCCCCUCCAGGGUGAGCUUCGCCGUGGCCCCUCUAGUGCUGCUUCUCGAAUGAUCACCAACAGCCUGAACCAUGACUCUCCACCCCACACUCCGCCAAGGCGCUCAGACACCAGCAGCUCCAAGAUCUCUGUCACCGUGUCUAACAAGAUGGCAGCGAAGAGUGCCAAGGCUGCCGCUCUGGCCCGCAGGGAGGAGAGCCUGGUUGUUCCUACCAAGAGGCGUCGAGUGACAGCUGAGAUGGAGGGAAAGUACAUCAUCCACAUGCCCAAGGGGACCACCCCCCGUACACGCAAGAUCCUGGAGCAGCAGCAGGCAGUGAAAGGUCUCCAUAGGACAUCUGUGUUCGAUCGUCUUGGUGCUGAGACCAAAGCAGACACUACGACAGGGACUAAGCCCACAGGAGUUUUCAGCCGCUUAGGGGCCACCCCGGAGAUGGAUGAGGAUUUGACCUGGGACAGUGACAAUGACAGCAGCAGCUCUGUCCUGCAAUAUGCUGGGGUCCUAAAGAAGCUAGGACGGGGCCCCAGCAAGGCCAGUCCCCAGCCAGCACUGACUGUCAAAGCCAAAGCCACAAGCUCUGCAACCACAACAGCUCCAAGACUGCGGCGCCUGGCGCUUCCCUCUCGUCCUGGACCAGAGAAGAAGCCGGAGUCCCUGCCCAAAGUCAGUGUCCUUCAGAGACUGGGCAAGACUGCUGUUGUGGCUGAGGCCCAGGACAGCCAGGUUACAAGCACCAAGAACUGUACUGUACCCGAGUCGCCUCCUGCAUGUCCUGCUGCCCUGAGCUGUCCCAAGGUAGGUGACAGUGUUAAUGCUGCCACCAUGAAUGAGGUUUCUGUCAUCAAAGAAGGCUGGCUCCACAAACGUGGUGAAUACAUCAAGACUUGGAGACCCCGGUACUUCCUUCUGAAGAGCGAUGGCUCUUUCAUUGGGUAUAAGGAGAGACCUGAGACCCCUGACCAGACCUUACCCCCUCUGAACAAUUUCUCUGUAGCAGAAUGCCAGCUGAUGAAGACUGAGAGGCCACGACCCAACACCUUUGUCAUACGCUGCCUGCAGUGGACUACGGUCAUCGAGAGGACCUUUCAUGUAGACUCUCCAGACGAGAGGGAAGAGUGGAUGCGGGCUAUCCAGAUGGUCGCCAACAGUCUGAAGCAGCGGGUCCCGGGUGAGGAUGCCAAGUGUGGCUCCCCCAGUGACUCUUCCACGUCUGAGAUGAUGGAGGUGGCUGUCAACAAGGCACGGGCCAAAGUGACCAUGAACGACUUUGAUUAUCUCAAACUUCUUGGUAAAGGCACCUUUGGCAAAGUCAUCCUAGUGCGGGAGAAGGCCACUGGCCGCUAUUAUGCCAUGAAGAUCCUGAGGAAGGAGGUCAUCAUUGCCAAGGAUGAAGUUGCCCACACAGUCACUGAGAGCCGGGUCCUGCAGAACACCAGGCAUCCCUUCCUUACUGCCCUGAAGUAUGCCUUCCAGACCCAUGACCGCCUGUGCUUCGUGAUGGAGUAUGCCAACGGGGGUGAGCUCUUCUUCCAUCUCUCUCGGGAGCGAGUCUUCACGGAGGAUCGGGCCCGAUUUUAUGGUGCAGAGAUUGUGUCAGCUCUUGAGUAUUUGCAUUCAAGAGAUGUGGUGUACCGUGACAUCAAGCUGGAAAACCUCAUGCUGGACAAAGAUGGCCACAUCAAGAUCACUGACUUUGGCUUGUGCAAAGAGGGCAUCAGUGAUGGGGCCACCAUGAAAACCUUCUGUGGUACCCCGGAGUACCUGGCGCCUGAGGUGCUGGAGGACAAUGACUACGGGCGUGCAGUAGACUGGUGGGGGCUGGGCGUGGUCAUGUACGAGAUGAUGUGUGGCCGCCUACCCUUCUACAACCAGGAUCAUGAGCGCCUCUUUGAGCUCAUCCUCAUGGAGGAGAUCCGCUUCCCACGAACACUUGGGCCAGAGGCCAAGUCCCUGUUGGCUGGACUGCUGAAGAAGGACCCUAAGCAGAGGCUCGGCGGAGGGCCCAGUGAUGCAAAGGAGGUCAUGGAGCACAGGUUCUUCCUCAGUAUCAACUGGCAGGAUGUGGUACAGAGAAAGCUCCUGCCACCCUUUAAACCUCAGGUCACUUCCGAAGUGGACACAAGGUACUUCGAUGAUGAGUUCACCGCCCAGUCCAUCACAAUCACACCCCCGGACCGCUAUGACAGCCUGGGCUCGCUGGAACUGGACCAGCGGACACACUUCCCCCAGUUCUCCUACUCGGCCAGCAUCCGAGAGUGAGCAGCCCUCUGCCACCACAGGACACAAGCAUGGCCUCCAUCCACUGCCUGGGUGGCUUUUUAAAGAAAACUUUCUUUUGCCUUUUGGUUUGUGUUCCCUUCCCUGUUCCCCUCACUUCCAUACCUAGUUUCUACUUCAGUUCUUGCCCAGCCUUGGCGGUCCUAGCAGCCCUUUCUUCCAGUCUCCCUCUGUUUCCAGAUGAGUGCUGGGGACCUGCCCAAGGGUGGGCUGUUGGUAGGAGGGAGAGAAGUUGUAUCACCACAGCCUCCAGGAGGGUGAAGUGGGGAGUCAUGGGGUCACCUGGGUUUGGGGACAAGCCAUCAGAGGCCACAUCUGGAUGAAACCUGCCUCCCCCCAGCACCCCAGAUUCCUUCUAUGCUGUCAUCUGGGUAGUCUAUCUGCUGCCAUCUCACUUGGGGCAGAAAAGCAAUAAUGUCCAGGGACAGGCAGAGGCCUUUGGAAGCCUAGGGAUUUGGGUUUGGCUCCAUGGAAAACGGAGCCAUGUCCUUGGGUCUUGGUGGGGGAACCAGGACCAGGAGCUGCCCCCUGAACCUGCCUCUUUCUCCCAAGUUGUUCUUGAUUCUGGAUAGAGCAGGAGGAACAUUUGGGGGCCAGCCCUCCUGCCUACAGCUCCGUGCCUUACCAGGCCUUCCUUCUAGCCAGCCUUGCCUCCCACUGGGCCCCAUCCCCUUUGGAUGGCUCAUUUUCUGCCUGGGGCAGAGGGAAGCCAACCUUGGCUGUUACACGUCUUACACCGAGACAGUAUUGGGCCCCUUGGACUUGACUGAGGUCUGAGAGGGGUCAGAGAUGGGGACAGGUAUCUCUGGUACACAUUGGGAUGGGGGCCUCCUCAUCUCCAGGGCCCCUGUUCUGGAGCCUUAAAUGAAUGUGCGAGUGAGUCUGUGUCAGUGCCGUGGGUGCCAGUGUGCACCCUGCUCUAGCAGUGAGCAUCUCAGUUUCCUGGGAUGCAGGUGCCCAUAGCUGUAUGCAGCACAUGUGUGAGUGGGCUCAGGCCUCAACCCCAGCCUGAGCGUUUGAUCCCAUGGGGUACAGCGGGUGCAAGGGGUCCACCUGCUGCUCUGGCCAUGUUUCCCCAUCCCCAAUAUCUCUGGGUGUUUGGAAUUGAGUUUUCCUGGUUUUACUCUCCCACCCCACCCCUCAGACUAGGUGGUUACAAAAAGGCAGUAGGGUGGGGGUGGGCAGGGAUGGUAUGAGGGUCGUCUGUUUUUUCCUUUUCGUGUGUGUAUGUUUAUCUGACAGUUCUCUCCCAUCCCUACUGGCCUUUCCUUACUUCUCGUAUUUGUACGGUACAAGCAAUAAAGACACUCAUUUCAGACCAGG